UCCCUCAUGGGCGGAGCUUCGAAGGGGCGAAGGGCGUGGCUUGGCUGUCAGGUCCCUUCGCCUUUUGUUCGGUUACUGAGUUGCUGCCUUGGCCAGAGUCCGAAGCAGCCGCCGCCCGUGAGCGCCUAGCUCAGUUCGCUACCCGUGCCGGCUCCCACCCCGGCCCAAUCCCUACCCGGCUCCGCUAGGCUCCACACGUAGCCACGAUGGAGGUGAUGAACCUGAUUGAGCAGCCCAUCAAGGUGACUGAGUGGCAGCAGACGUACACCUACGACUCAGGCAUCCACUCGGGCGCCAACACCUGUGUGCCCUCAGUCAGCAGCAAGGGCAUCAUGGACGAGGAAGACAGUGGUGGACGCCAGUACACGAUCAAGAAGACCACCACCUACACUCAGGGGGUGCCCCCAAGCCAAGGUGACCUGGAGUACCAGAUGUCUACAACAGCCAGAGCCAAGCGGGUGCGGGAGGCCAUGUGUCCCGGCGUGUCGGGGGAGGAUAGCUCUCUGCUGCUGGCCACACAGGUGGAGGGGCAGACCACCAACCUGCAACGACUGGCUGAGCCGUCCCAGCUGCUGAAGUCGGCCAUUGUACAUCUCAUCAAUUACCAGGAUGAUGCUGAGCUGGCCACCCGGGCCCUGCCCGAGCUCACCAAACUGCUCAACGAUGAGGACCCGGUGGUAGUGACCAAGGCGGCCAUGAUUGUGAACCAGCUGUCAAAGAAGGAGGCGUCUCGGAGGGCACUGAUGGGCUCGCCCCAGCUGGUGGCAGCUGUUGUGCGCACCAUGCAGAACACCAGCGACCUGGACACGGCCCGCUGCACCACCAGCAUCCUGCACAACCUGUCCCACCACCGUGAGGGGCUGCUCGCCAUCUUCAAGUCGGGCGGCAUCCCUGCUCUGGUCCGCAUGCUCAGCUCUCCCGUGGAGUCUGUCCUGUUCUACGCCAUCACCACUCUGCACAACCUGCUGCUCUACCAAGAGGGUGCCAAGAUGGCGGUGCGCCUGGCAGAUGGGCUACAGAAGAUGGUGCCCUUGCUCAACAAGAACAACCCCAAGUUCCUGGCCAUCACCACUGACUGUUUGCAGCUCCUGGCCUAUGGCAACCAGGAGAGCAAGCUGAUCAUCUUGGCCAAUGGAGGACCCCAGGCACUCGUGCAGAUCAUGCGUAACUACAGUUACGAGAAGCUGCUCUGGACCACCAGCCGAGUGCUCAAGGUGCUAUCUGUGUGUCCCAGCAAUAAGCCUGCCAUUGUGGAGGCUGGUGGGAUGCAGGCCCUGGGCAAGCACCUGACAAGCAACAGCCCCCGCCUCGUGCAGAACUGCCUGUGGACCCUGCGCAACCUCUCAGAUGUGGCCACCAAGCAGGAGGGCCUGGAAAGUGUGCUGAAAAUUCUGGUGAAUCAGCUGAGUGUGGAUGACGUCAACGUCCUUACCUGCGCUACGGGCACCCUCUCCAACCUGACGUGCAACAACAGCAAGAACAAGACGCUAGUGACUCAGAACAGUGGCGUGGAGGCCCUCAUCCACGCCAUCCAGCGUGCUGGUGACAAGGACGACAUCACAGAGCCUGCUGUCUGUGCCCUGCGCCACCUCACCAGCCGCCAUCCUGAGGCUGAGAUGGCUCAGAACUCUGUGCGUCUCAACUAUGGCAUCCCGGCCAUUGUGAAGCUGCUCAACCAGCCCAACCAGUGGCCGCUGGUCAAGGCAACCAUUGGCCUCAUCAGGAAUCUGGCCUUGUGCCCAGCCAACCAUGCCCCACUGCAGGAGGCGGCGGUUAUUCCCCGCCUUGUUCAGCUAUUAGUCAAGGCCCACCAGGAUGCUCAGCGCCACGUGGCCGCAGGCACACAGCAGCCCUACACGGACGGAGUGAGGAUGGAAGAGAUUGUGGAGGGCUGCACCGGAGCCCUGCACAUCCUUGCCCGGGACCCCAUGAACCGCAUGGAAAUCUUCAGGCUCAACACCAUCCCCCUGUUUGUGCAGCUCUUGUACUCAUCAGUGGAGAAUAUCCAGCGUGUGGCUGCUGGGGUGCUAUGCGAGCUGGCCCAGGACAAGGAGGCAGCUGACGCCAUUGAUGCCGAGGGGGCCUCAGCACCUCUCAUGGAGCUGUUGCACUCCCGCAAUGAGGGCACUGCCACAUAUGCUGCUGCUGUCCUGUUCCGCAUCUCUGAGGACAAGAACCCAGAUUACCGGAAGCGUGUGUCUGUGGAGCUCACCAACUCCCUCUUCAAGCACGACCCAGCCGCCUGGGAGGCUGCCCAGAGCAUGAUCCCCAUCAAUGAGCCCUAUGCAGAUGACAUGGAUGCCACCUACCGCCCCAUGUACUCGAACGACAUGCCCCUCGACCCCCUGGAGAUGCACAUGGACAUGGACGGGGACUACCCCAUUGACGCCUACAGCGACGCCCUCAGGCCCCCCUACCCCACUGCUGACCACAUGCUCGCCUAGGCACCUUGACCCCUGGUGCAGUUCCUCAUCUCAGAGGCUCUCCGUGCAGGCCAUGGGGCAAGACAGAAAAGUGCCUGAGCUGGGGGGGCCGGGGCUGCAUCCUGCUGAACCCUGUACCCCCAGAGGUCCUCCAUGGGGUCUUUCUUGGGAUGGUGUUCUGCUCCUGCUUUUCUGCCCUGGGUGUGGAUCCAGGCCUGACACCCCCUCCCCACCCCAGUGGCCAUGACCACUAAAGCUUCAGACACAAGCUGCCCACACUGUUUCCCCCCAGGAAUCCCCACCCCCAGCCUGCCUGUCUCCAGCUGCCUGGGCCCCACAGGGCUUUGGUUCCUUCUUUGGGUCUGGUAUUCUCAUUGAACUCUACUGAACAACUACCCCAAGUUCCUAGGUCUCUCUAGGACCCAGAUUUGAAGCCUGAACCCUCCCAAACCCAAAGCUUCUCUUGAAACGUUCAGGGACUAUCCAGGGGAGAUGGGGCAGAGGUGUGGAGAGUGGGUCCCCCUGAUCCAGGAGACAGCCCACUUCUCUCUCCUGGAUGCUAAACUGGUUUUGCUCAGCCACAGGGAGCUCUGGGGACAGCUCCGGCACACCCUGUCCCACCUGCACCACUGCCCUGCCUGACCCCCAAGAAGUGCUCUUGGCUGACCCCUCUGGUGUGCGGUGAGGGGCUUUCUUUUCCCCUUCCUGUUUCAGACUUCCCCCCACCACCUCCUGCACACAGGUGUAGGGGGCUGGGGGAGGUCCCAGUGGAGAGUUUAUUGUUUUUGCUUUAUGUUUUGGUUAUUGGUUUUUUUGUAUAGACCAAAGCAAAGAAAAUAAAAGUAACACAGAGAUCCAA